CCGCAUCUGCCGGGGGCCUGGGGGCCUCCAGUGCCGCCCCUUCACUUGUCCCUUUGGCCACACCUGUGGCCUCCGUAAUGGCACCCGCACCUGCAUCGCGCACCCGGGGCGCUGCUCCCUGUCCCCUGCCACCCGCUUCGUCACCUUUGAUGGCAUCACUGGGCCAGCCUGGCCACCGGCACCUACGUGGUGGCCAGCGUGUGUGACCCCCAGGACCCCGUGUGGUUCCGGCUGCUGGGGGACAUCGGGGACAGUGGGGAGCAGCCGGCAGUGAUGGCACUUCACCUCUUCACCCCCCACGGCUUCAUCACCGUGCGGAGGGACAGGAAGGUCUGGCUCAAUGGGGUUCCCACCCCGCUGCCCGUGGAGCUCCCAGGAUCGCUGACCAUCACGGAGAUGCGCACGACGCUCCGGAUCAGCCGAGCCCCGGGCUUCCUGGUGGAGCUGGGCGCCACGGGGGUGACAGUGGAGGUGCCCAGGGAGGCGCGGGCGACGCUCUGCGGCCUCUGCGGCGACUACGACGGGGCCACCGGCAAUGACCUGCGGGGGCCCGACGGGAUGGGGACGAGCGACGCGCGGGCACUGGCCGAGGCCUGGCGGGCGCCCGACUUCACCCCGUGAUGUGGAAAAUUAACAUUUCACCUGGGUGGCCGCGCCCCAUCGCUGACGUCAUCCUCAAACCGCCUCAGAUCCGGAAAACCCGGAUUUUUUAUAAGCCCCGAAACUGUGCUUUCGCCCCCAAAAUAAAACCUGUGAGAAAACGCC